GACCACACUGAUCGUUCACUUUACCGGCGUCUGUGCAGAAGCGCCUGCGGUCCAUGAGUGCGGAGUCUCCCUGUCCAACAGCGGUUAACCGGGCGGCAUUCUGAGUGUUUAUCCUCGCAGAAAUGUUGUGUUUGAGCGGGUUGUCGGUGGCGCUCGCCCUCGCUCUCGUGCCGGGUCCCUCCGAAGCCUUGAAGGAAGGAGACUGUGAAGUGUGCGUGACCUUCCUGGGGAAGUUUUAUCAGUUGCUGAAGGACAAGGAUGUAAAGUUUACCAGCGCAGACAUCGAGAAGGCGCUCACGGCGAGCUGCAAAGACACCAAAGGCAAAGAAAAUCGCUUUUGUUACUACAUCGGUGCAACGAGCGACGCGGCAACCAAGAUGAUCAACGAGGUUUCCAAACCGCUCAGCUACCACGUCCCCGUGGAGAAGAUCUGCGAGAAGCUCAAGAAGAAGGACGGCCAGAUCUGCGAGCUGAAAUACGAUAAACAGUUGGACCUGACCUCAGUGGACCUGAAAAAGCUUAAAGUGAAGGACCUGAAGAAGAUCCUGGAGGAUUGGGGCGAGUCGUGCAAGGGCUGCGCCGAAAAGUCCGACUUCAUCCGCAAAAUCACAGAGCUGAUGCCCAAGUACGCGCCGGCAGCCGCCAACGCACGGACAGACCUGUAA